UGGGAGAUGAAGACAAUUCACUUGCUAGGUCAUUUCCUUUUGACAACUCAGAGAAUUUCAGAAUCAAGAUACGAGAAGAAACAAAGGAUGAUGAAGAAGACAUUUGUAUGUGAUGAAUCAAUGUUCAUCACCAUUCCCAUUGGCAGUCUAAAGGAUGCUCAAGAGGGUCAACUGAUGCCGGAGAAGUUUCAGUGUGUGUACAGAGACUCCUACAAGGUCUUUGUUGUUAAAGGAAAACCUAAACCUCUUGGAGCAGCCCAAGCCAUCGCUGGUGUGUUCAUUGUGACUCUAGGUCUGCUUUUUACAGACCUCAAUCGCAGGUUCCCCGUCUGGACAGACACUCUACCCAGUAUUCUGUUUGUGGUCUCCGGCAUGCUGUCCUAUGCUGCUGGAAAAUCUCCAAACAUGCACGUGACAAAGCUGUCAUUCUCUGUGAACAUCAUCAGCUUCUUCUGGUCAGUAGCAGCAGUUACUCUCUGCGCUAUUUCUAUGUCAAAUGACUACAAUCACCGCAACCAUAAGGUUCAUAUGGGAAUGAAGGGACUAAUUAUGACUCUGCUGGUUGUUGAAAAGUUAAUAGCGGUAUACUUGAUCUACUGGUCAAGUAAAGCUAUAUGCAGACAACAUUUCAACUCUUUGCCCAUCAUACUGCUGAAACAGGCAGACUGAAUAUACAGGCUUUAUUGAGCUCAACAAACCAACGACCAAACACCUAUUUACAUAGGGUAUCAAUGCCAUAUAACACACAAAGAAUGUUAAAUUAACUAUUGUUUUCAUUACAGAACAACAACAGAUUGCAUGUGAAUGAGCCACUUCUUGGAUAUAGAUUAUUUUGAUGAUUCUUUGAAAAAUCUGAAUUAUUAAGAGAAAAAUACAAUCAAGUUGACUGAUACAGAACUGUGCUUCUGUACAUUUCUAUAAUUUAUCUACGCAUCUGUUCUUAGACUUCCUUUUGCUGCUGUGCUUUUUCAAUUCCCCUGCAUAGUUUAUCUUAUCUUAUCUUGAAGAAUGUUGCAUUGUAUUGUCUCAACUCUUGGAGGUUUAGUUCAUAUUUUACUUUUGAUCUUUUUACUCUGAUCUUUGUGAAUCGCGUUAUGACUUUGUUUAAGGCAAAUAAAAAUUAUUAUUUUG